UGGCAACGGUUUGGGGGCCCUGCCACACAGGGAGCGCGCAGGCAGGAGGUGGUUCUGCUGAUACCUUCUUCCUGCUACGGCCAAUCCAGCGUGCGGCAUGGGGCCUGCCGGUGGGUGAGGCAGCCAGGUGGGCAGGCAUGUUCGGAGGCCUAGGACCUGGGGGCCUAGGAGCCCACGGCAUGGCGGGACCCCUGCGGGGCCGGGUGGAGGAGCUGAAGCGGCCAUGGUGGCGGGAGAGCUCGCCACUGGUGCUGCGGCACAGCGAGGCGGCCCGGCUGGCAGCUGAUGCCCUCCUGGAGCGAGGUGAGGCUGCCUACCUGCGGGUCAUCUCUGAGGAGCGGGAGCUGCCCUUCCUGAGCGCCCUGGACAUUGACUACAUGACCAGCCAUGUGCGUGGGAGCCCUGAACUUAGUGAGGCCCGGGGGCCAGAGGCCUCGGGGCCUGACUGCCUCAGCCUGCUCUCCGAAGUCACCUCAGGCACUUACUUCCCCAUGGUCUCCGAUGUAGACCCCCCAGACCUGGACCUGGGCUGGCCCGAGGUUCCACAAGCCACGGGCUUCAGCCCCACCCAGGCCGUGGUCCACUUCCAGAGGGACAAGGCCAAGAACAUCAAGGACCUGCUGCGUUUCCUCUUCAGCCAGGCCCGCACGGUGGUGGCUGUAGUAAUGGAUGUAUUCACCGACAUGGAGCUUCUGUGUGACCUUAUGGAGGCCUCAAGCCGGCGUGGUGUCCCCGUCUACCUGCUCCUGGCCCAGGAGCACCUGAGGCACUUCCUGGAGAUGUGCUACAAGAUGGACCUCAAUGGGGGGCACUUGCUGAACAUGCGUGUACGGAGCACAUGUGGGGACACAUACUGCACCAAGGCAGGCCGCCGCUUCACUGGGCAGGCCCUGGAGAAGUUCAUCCUCAUCGACUGCGAGCAGGUGGUGGCGGGCAGCUACAGCUUCACCUGGCUUUGCAGCCAGGCCCACACCAGCAUGGUGCUGCAGCUGAGGGGUCGCAUCGUGGAAGACUUCGACCGGGAGUUCCGCUGUUUGUAUGCCGAGUCACAGCCUGUGGAGGGCUUCUGUGGCGGUGAGGAUCCACUGUCUCCCAGAGCACUGCAUCCUCCUCUCCCAGAGGCCCUGGCCUUCGGGCCUGGCAUUCCAAGCCCCACGUCCUCCUCACCCUCCAUCACCAGCCUCAGCAGCAUCAAGCGCUCACCUCUCAUGGGCCACUCCUCCUACCUCGCUCUACCAGGAGGCGGUGGCUGCAGUGACAUGGGUAUGGGGUCCUCGUCCCCCAGCCCUGCCCACCGCGAGCCCAGUGGCCAGCCCUCCCUGCACCGCCAGCUGUCAGACCCUAACCGUGGCUCCUCUCCUGGGCUCUACAGGGCCAACCUGGGCAAGCUGGGGGCAUACCCAUGGUCCCAGUCCUCCCCUGCCCUCAACCACAAUAGCGCCAGCCCCUUGACCCUGGCAGUGGGGUCACCUCUGCUUCCCCACUCCCGCCCCCUUCUCCACUUCCCCCGGGGUGUCCCAGCUCUGUCCCAGCUCCCAGAGAAUGGGGUCUUAGGAAGCCAGGAGCCUAGCCCUCCACGAGGUCGCCGGGUACCUGGGAAAGCCCUGGAGCCAAUGGAAAAGAAGAAGGCAUCUCUGAGUCAGAGCCAUGGCCAGCUGGAUCUCCUUGUACCCUUCCCCAGAACCCAAGAAGCAGGAGACCCUGACUCUGGGGUUUCACCAAAUUCAGGCUCCCUUUGGCCUGGCGAACAGGCCCCAGAGGACAGGAGGUUGUCCCCAGGCCAGGGCAACAGCCAGCUGGAUCUCCUGCCCCAGGCCCAGGGUGCUGGGGGUACCCCUGAGUCAGGUUCCCUCAGGCCUGCUGAUCAAGUCCCAGAGGACAGAAGGCUGUCCCUAAACCAUAGCCUUGGCCAACUGGACCUCCUGGUACAGCACCCCAAGGCCCGGGGCUCCAGAGCGCCCCCUGAAGCCAACUCCUCAUCCAGGCCUGCCAAGCAGGGUCCAGAUGAGCGAAGGCAGACCCUGGGCCACAGCCAGCUUGAUCUCAUCACAAAGUUCGGCCCGUUCCGGGGUGAGGGGCCUGGGCCCAGUGGUCUCCCAGGACCAAGCCCUGCUCGCAUUGCUGGAGUGGGCUCUGGGGAGAAGCGGCUGACUCUAGGCCACAGCAAGCUGGAUCUCAUCACCAAGUAUCAUCAGUUGCAGGGUGCCAGGCAGGGGCCUGAGCCUGGCCUCCUUGGGGGUCCCACAGGUGGCCAUCGCAAUGGUAAUAGCAAUGACCUGUUUAGAGAUGAGAAACGGCUGACCCUGGGCCACAGCAAACUGGACCUCAUCACUAAAUACAACAAGUCCAAGUUCAAGCUGCUCCGAAGUCGCUUUGAGUCCUAGCUCUGCUUCCAGCAAGGACAGGUCCCUCCUCCACCCACUGAGACACUGAACUUGCUCAGGUCCCAAACUCUGGGGAACGGAGGUGACAGAAGCCCAGGUCAGACACACUCUCUGGGAUGAAGAUUCUUGCUUACACACAUACAGACAAACACAGGGAAAUGAAACCCACAGUUAUUGGGUGUCUACUGCAUGCCACUAUGCUGGGCGCUUCACACCAGGUACUACUUCUCAUUCUUCAUUCUCACAACAUCCCACAAGAUGGACCAUUUGUAGGUAUACAAUUAUAGGAUAAUUGAUGUUAUCCCCCUUUUUUUACAAAUACAGAAGCUGAGGCCCAGAGUGUUUGAAUGACUUACUUGGAGUCGAGUCCAAGUAAAUGGCAGGGUAGGGACCUAAAUGCCCAUUCCAUAUGUUGUACACAGCACAUUGACAGGGUACACAUCCACAAACUGCACACCCACAGCCACACACAGUACACAUAGGUCCAUGUGAGAAGCCAAAACACUCAAAAUUUUAGUUGUGGGUACUCAAUAAAUGUCAUUUGGCUAAAUGAAUGGCUACACAAAAUACCUGCAUUCAGUGUACACCGUAGAUCCCCUCAGAAUCCACAAACUAUAAAUAUGCCCCAUAACCCCAAACACACACACAAACGCACACACAUCUCCCAACCCCCAACCAGUAUCUUCUUGAACCUAAGCUGUUUCCAGCCCUGUGCAGGGCAUACCGUAGGGCUGACAAAUGAAUCAGAUUCGGACCCAGGACAAGGAUGAAAUGCAUGAGCCAUUUGGAGAACAAGUCAGAGCUGUAUCAAGUUAAAGGCUAACCAGUGACAGGGUGACAGAAAACAAAGGGCAGAGAGUCAUGGAGAUGGUGGAGUGGUCAGGAUAGUUUCGUAGAGGAGGCAGCCUUUGAGCCAGGCCUUGAAGCAUGAGGAGGUUUUGGACAGACAGAGGCGAGAGUUAGAGGAAUUUUUGGUAGAGGGAACCAGGUGAAGAGAUGUCCAAGAGAGGACUGAGUGAGUGAGUCUGAGGUGAACUGGGGAGGACUAGUGGAGCAUGUGGAUACUCAGACACAAACACACACACGUCCUCAUCAUCAUUAUCAUCCUCAUCCUCAUCUUGCUGAGUGUCUCUUGAAGUAUGGGCUGUAACAGGUUGUCAGCCCUUUUCCUGAGCUCACCGCCUGCCUAGAACAGUACACAUCAUACAAAUCAAUAAAGGCAGACAUGACUGUGACCCAGCAGCAGCCUGGUGUAUCCUGAGCUAUGUGAAAUUAAUGAAAUGGGCACAUUGUGGGCAGGGGCAGAGCACCAUUCAGGCCAAUUAUGGAGGGCCCCCUGGAGGAGAGUGAAUGGCCAAAGAAGUGCUUUUGGGGAAGGGGGACCCAGAACUCCAAGCCCUCUCUGCUCUCACUGUGACAUUCUGAGAGGCCCUGGGGCUUUUGUAGAUUCUACAAAAUGUGAACCAAGUUCAUCCUGUUCAGGAGAGCCAGGCCCUUGGCUGUCACCAUUAUCCCAGGGACAGAAGGUGGCUGCUGAGUGAGUGAUAAAAGCCGUGCAAGAGACAUCGUGGAAGCCAGUCAGCACUCUCAUCCCUGCCCAUCCUGAACCCCUUUCCCUCUGACCUCUCCCUAAGGCCCUGUUUCAUCCAUCCUCCCCUCUCUCCAAUACCUUCUUCAGCGUCUACUUCUCUGGCUGUGCCUCCUUGUCCAGCUUGUUUGUCCUGGUUUCACUUCUCCCUCCUGGACACUCUCUCCCUGGGUGACAUCAUCUACCCCAGGCUUCAGCCCCUCAUUUCCAGAAGAAUGAGAUUGGGCUCCACAUCUGGGCUUCUGUCCCGCACGGCGGAGCUGGACUCAUCACUUCCCCAAACCGGCCCUUCCUCCUGUGGCUUCAUUUCAGUAAAUACCUCUAUCAGCAACCCAUCUUCUGCGAGACACCCUUGGCUCCGCCUCUCCUUCAUUCUUCACAUCCGACCAGCCUCAGGUCUAGGUCGAUUGUAGCUCCUAAAAAUCUCCGGAAUGAGGAAUGAAU